AUGUCUCUUUUAAUUAAUAACCCAAUAUCAAAUUUAACCUCGGUAUAUAACAACACCAAUAAUAAUAAUAACAAUAAUAAUAACUUUAAAAUUACUAGUGGUAAUAAUAGUUAUAAUUUUAAUUACAAUAAAGAAUUUAAUAAUAAAAAAAUUAAAAAUCAAAAUUGUUUUUUACCAUCCUACUCAAUACUAUUAAACUCAAAUAAUAUCAAUAAUAACAAUAAUGAUGAACAUGAUAAUCAUUACACACCAUCAAACUCAAUAACUAUACCCACCCAUAUUUUUCACAAAGACAACAAUAUUAAUGAUAAUAAUAACAAAAUAAAAAAAUCAAGAAAAAGUUUUAUUUAUAAAGAUACUUUUAAUUUUAAUAUCUACCAAGUCUCAAAUUCAUAUUGUAUGGAAGUUUGUGGAGUUUCAUAUGACACCUUAAUUUUUUUAUGGACAUUUAUAAAAAAUAAUAACCCACCAUUUGAAGCAAAUUCAUAUCAAUUAGUAUGGACAUUAAAUUGGUUAAAAGACUACACUCAAGUAAGAGAAGGUGCUUCAAAAUGGGGUGUUGGAAAAGAUCUAUACCAAAAAGCAAUUAAUAAUAUAAUUAAAUUUUUUGGAGAAGAACUAAACACUAUAUCUCUAAAUGAACGUAAUAUUGGAAGUAAUAAUUCAAAAAACAAAUUAGUUAUUGAUACCCUCUUUGUUGAAACUCAAAAACCCUCAGACAAAGAAACCCAAAGUAUUUUAUUUUCAAAACAACAUCAAAAAUAUGGCUUCAAAUUCGAGUGCUGUGUUAGAAACUAUGAUGGCUUAAUAUGUUGGUUUAAAGGUCCAUAUCCAGGUAGUGCUCAUCUAUUAACAAUUUUAGACAAAUCCGGAUUAUUACAAAAUGUUGGAGAUGAUGAAAAAAUUCUAGCAAAGUCUGACUAUAUUGGAAUAAGUAAGAAGUUCGAAUUUCCUUUAAAAACCACUCAUCUUGACAGUUUAGAUAUUGAUGAACUAUUAAACUAUGAACAACAAAACACCUAUUGCCAAAUUUUGGAUAACACUAUGUCUUUUUUGAAGAAAUUCCGUUUUUGUUGUGAUAGAAUCAGAACAAAGGGCUCAAUUUUGGAACAUGGUAUAAAACUUAUUGCAAAUAUUCAUAAUUUAGAAUUGGAAAAUAAACCACCAAUUCAAUGUUUAAAAAAAAAAAAAAUAUAA